UUGCCUGCCCAAUAUUUAGAAAGACACAUUCGUAUUCAGUCCAUUCAAAAGAUCGACGAGGAAAGAAUCACUUCGCAAGAUUAAGACAAUAAACUACUGAAUACUAUUUAUACGAUUGUCAUCUCUUGACUUCCUACCACAGCAACACUAAGACCGCUCUUUUGCCUCUUGUUGGAAUUCAUUGCCUUUCUGAAAGUCAUCAUGUCUCAGCAACCCAUCAGCCUGCCCGCUAAGCUGAUCAAUGGUGGUAUUGCUGGUAUUGUGGGGGUGACCUGUGUCUUCCCCAUUGACCUGGCCAAGACCAGGCUACAGAACCAGAGGCAAGGCCAUCAGGUCUACAAGAACAUGAUGGACUGCCUUAUCAAAACCGUGCGAUCUGAGGGCUACUUUGGCAUGUAUAGAGGUGCCGCAGUGAACCUAACUCUCGUCACCCCUGAGAAGGCCAUCAAGCUAGCUGCCAAUGACCUCUUUCGUCAUCACCUUGCCAAGGACGGGAAGUUGACCGUGUUUAAGGAAAUGCUGGCCGGAUGUGGUGCUGGCAUGUGCCAAGUCGUCAUCACUACUCCAAUGGAGAUGCUCAAGAUUCAGCUCCAAGAUGCUGGAAGGCUAGCUGCUCAGCAGAGGAAGCCGGGUCUGAUGUCUCCGUCUAAGCUGGGAGCCACUACCACGGUGCUGAGCCGCUCCUACACGGCCAGCCCAGCCCCGGGACGCGCCAUCUCCGCCACACAGAUCGCACGCGAGCUCCUGCAACAGCAAGGCAUCCAGGGGCUCUACAGAGGCCUCGGAGCCACACUCAUGAGAGACGUACCCUUCUCUGUUGUCUAUUUCCCUCUGUUCGCUCACCUGCACCACCUGGGCCAGUCCAAUGGCACCACACCUUUCUACUGGUCAUUUGUGGCAGGCUGUCUGGCAGGAUCCACGGCCGCGGUGGCAGUCAACCCAUGCGAUGUGGUGAAGACGCGUCUCCAGUCUCUGAGCCGAGGGUCGAACGAGGAGAGCUACAAGGGUGUCGUUGAUUGUGUCAGCAAGAUCAUGCAGCGUGAGGGCCCAUCUGCCUUCCUGAAGGGCGCGGGCUGUCGAGCGCUAGUCAUCGCACCACUCUUCGGCAUCGCGCAGGUCAUGUACGUUCUGGGCGUCGGAGAGUUCAUCUUGGGCCAGACUCCCUUCAACCUCCUGUCGGCUUAAAGGGGGAAAAAAGGUGGAGAAACCUCCCACCAGAGACUGGUUGUUUUCUACUUUGCAGACUCCCUGAAGUAUUUAACCAAGGAAAGAAAUAAGGAAGAGAAUGGAGAGACAAGUGGCAGCUACUACAGCCUACUGACUUCUGAUGAAAACUGGCUGAAGUUUCGAAUGAAACUUCUACUGAAACACAGCUCAGUUGUCUUUUUUAUUAUUAUUAUUUGAGUUUUUUCACACAUAUACCACCUGGCAUUCACUUCCUCUAUGGUGUGUUAAUGUGUGUUCAUGACUCUACUGCACUUCCUCUUGUGGCUUCCUGCCUUGUGUGUGUGGGUCUCCAGCCAACGUUUGCACUCUUUGGCGCCUAUGGCCCCUACGUACGGGGCCAAGAAAAACUCCACUACAAGGGUUUAAUAUUGUCAGUGGUCCACUCUUUCUCCAGAAAGUUCUCAUGGAAUUUCCCUCAGUGAGGGAGGGAAAAUGGUGUCCUUUUUGGUACACAAUUGUUUUUUAAAAAAAAGACUUAAGACCUUUUAUCAAUCAUAUUGUGUUUUCAGUGUUGUGUGUAUUUUUGUGUAAAUUCAGUUCAAAUUUCUAUGACACUGGUAUGUAAAAAAAAUGUCAAGACCAGUUUUCCCUCGACAAAGGUCUUUUCAUGUAAACAUUUCAUGUAAACAUGCCUAAAUUCAAAUUUGGCUUCAUGUGGGCCAUGUUAUGAAGAAGAAUGCUAUUUCAUAGGUGGAAGUGCUGAGAUUUUUGCAUGGUGUGACCAUAUACCGUUAUACACAAGCCAUGUUUUAACUUGCCCACAUCACAUUUACUAAUUUGUUAUUUGGACCAAGCCACAAAACGCACGUUGUGUUCACAAGGGCACUAAAGUUGCAUGCAAAGACACUACUUGUGUCUUACAUUAUUUAUCACAGUAUUAAAGGUUUUGGUGCUGCAAUAUGUUGUGGUGUACAGUAGUGAGUUCCAGUACUUGAAGCAAUCAUUGUUACAUUCACGUCCGUUUUCUCCAUGGCAUAUUCUGUCUCUGUGUUGAUGGCUUCUCUGAAAGUCUUUUGUGUCUCCGUUUAUGUGUAUGUCUUUGCCUUAUGAGAGAAUUGGCUCGUCUUUAAAUGUGAAGGAUAACUGCCAUGACUUGUGCCUCACUGGUUGACAGUUGGUGGCCCCUGCAUGGCAGUAUGUCAAGCACCAACAAAUGCAAAUUGUGUAAACUAAACCACAUUGUAAUAUUAUCACUCAUUUUUUGUUAUUUUUUUAAAUGAUUUUAAUAAACAUAAAAUGUAAAACCAUA